CAGGGCGGAAUCAGGACGGGAUCUUCAACCAUCUCCAUUGGGGGGGUGUUGUGUCCGCGCGUAGCAGCAUUCCGACGCUGGUCCCCGCAGGCUCGAGGCUGAAACCGAUGCGUAAACGCGCCGUUUUAAUCUGCUAAUCGACCAACCCUCUGCGCUCCUCCAGUCUCUCCUCCUCCUCCUCCUCCACCACCUACCCCUCCACCUACCCCUCCACCUCCUCCUCUCUCCACUCCUCUCCUCUUCACUACAUCUCCUGCUGGAUGAUUUCAUUUUGUAAAGCCAUUAUGUGCAGAAAGGUCAACGCCUGUGUUUUGCAGGAAGGCUGCAUUGCACUGGGAUAACUGGGAUUCAGCCCCAGCGCACGCCCCGGCUGCUUUGCCCAAAGUUUCUCACCGGUGCAGAAUCGAGAUAUCGUCCGGAGCAGCUUCACCGAUCACUUUGGAUCCCUGACUGUUUUUUUUUUGACCUGGAGUGUUUGUUUCUUCAUCUGCGGAGUUACUAUUCAAACCUUUCCCUCGAACUGGGAGAUGAGUUACUCGCCGAACUGGGCAUCUGCGAGCCACAGAGAUUCAUGUGGAGGAUGGGAAAUACUGAGUUGAACUUUAUCUCCAGUUCCAAACCAGGGUGUCCGGGGGACAUUCAGGUGAUGCAGGUCCCCCGCUCAUCCCAGUGGAGGAGCCAGCGAAUGACGAGUGGCCUGGGCUGCUGAACGCCCCCCCCCGCCACCACCGCCGCCACCGCCCCCCGCAGCCCCCCCUCCACCUCUGAUGGCUCUAUGGGGCGUGGUCAGCCUCAGCCUUCACUGCUGGGUGUGUUUACGGUCUGUAGCCGCGGCCGCAGCCGCAGCACCGCCCAGCCUCCCCAAUGAGAAGCCCGGGGGCCCCCUGGACUGGCUCCUGUCCGACAAGGGGCCCUUCCACCACUCGUCGGAGUACAUCGACUUCGUGGAGAAGAACCGGCAGGGCUUCUCCACCAGAUACAAGAUCUACAGGGAGUUCGGGAGAUGGAAGGUGAACAACCUGGCAGUGGAGAGGAGAGACUUCCUGGAGUCUCCCAUGCCUCUGACGCCCGAGUUCAUCAGGAACAUCCGACUCCUGGGACGCCGGCCCACCACCCAGAUGGUCACUGACAACCUGAUCAGGAAGUACGGCACCCACUUCCUGUUGUCAGCCACACUGGGAGGAGAGGAGGCCUUGACGAUCUUCGUGGACAAGAGGAAGCUGAGUAAGAAAGCGGAGGUGAGCGAUUACUCGGGCAACUCCUCCGCCGUGACGCUGGAGGCUCUGCACCAGCUGGCCGCCUCCUACUUCAUCGACCGGGAGAGCACCCUGCGCAAGCUGCACCACAUCCAGAUCGCCUCCACCGCCAUCAAGGUGACGGAGACCCGCACCGGUCCUCUCGGAUGCAGUAACUAUGACAACCUGGACUCCGUCAGCUCCGUGCUGGUUCAGAGUCCCGAGAAUAAAGUCCAGCUGCAAGGUUUGCAAAUGAUCCUCCCGGACUACCUGAGGGAAAGCUUCGUGCAGGCCGCUCUCAGCUACAUCGCCUGCAACGGGGAAGGCGGAUUCGUGUGCAGGGACAGCGACUGCUGGUGCAGCUGUGACCCCAAGUUCCCAGAAUGCAACUGCCCCUACAUGGACAUCCAGGCCAUGGAGGAGAGUCUGCAGAGGAUCACAGAGACGUGGGGGAUUCUCUACAAAGAGUUCGAGGAAUCAGAUGAAUUCAAGGGGUUCUAUGCCCGGCUGCCCCAGAGCUACUUCCUCAACGUGUCGACCAUCCAACAUCUGUGGUCCCUGGACGCUUCGUUCCAGUGGCGGUACGAGCAGCUGGAGAACAGCAUGCGGGUCCUUUCCAGACGAGUGCAGCGGGUGAUCUUCAAGCUCUUCAGUCUCAGUAAAAGAUGUCACAAGCAGCCACAAGUCCGACUCGCGAGGGACCGACCUCGGUCCUACUGGCUCAGUCAUUUCCAGUCCCUGCUGUAUUGCUCGGAGAGUAACCAGCUCGGCUCGUUCUCCGAGGAGCUCCACAGCUGCAGCUGCAGAUACGAGCACAGCCCGUGUCAGCUGCCUCCGCCCUGCACCGUCGGGGAAGGCUCGGCGUGUGCAGCGUGUGCGCCGGACAACCACACCCGCUGCGGGAGCUGCAACCCGGGCUUCGGCCUGACGCAGGGGCUCUGCAGGCCGAUGGUGGCCGACUCCACAGAGAACUACCUGGGCUUCGAGACCGACCUCCAGGACCUGGAGCUGGGCUACCUCCUGCAGAGAGCUGACCGCAGGCUGGAGGUCCACGCCAUCUUCAUCAGCAACGACAUGCGACUCAACAGCUGGUUCGACCCCUCGUGGAGGAAGAGGAUGUUGCUGACCCUGAAGAGCAACAAGUACAAGUCCAACAUGGUCCACAUGCUGCUGGGAGUGUCCCUCCAGAUCUGCCUUACUAAGAACAGCACCCUGGAGCCGGUCCUGACUCUCUACAUCAACCCCUUUGGAGGGAGCCACUCAGAGAGCUGGUACAUCCCCGUCAAUGAGAACAACUUCCCGGACUGGCAGGCCAAGAAGCUGGACCUGCCCUUCGAGUGCUACAACUGGACUCUGACACUGGGCAACAAGUGGAAGACGUUCUUUGAAACCAUUCACAUCUACCUUCGGAGCAGGAUAAAGACUCACGAAGGGCUGAACGACAGCGUCUACUACGAGCCCCUGGAGAUGACCGACCCCGCUCGGAACCUGGGCUACAUGAAGAUCAACAGCAUCCAGGUGUUUGGCUACAGCAUGCACUUUGACCCGGAGGCCAUCCGCGACCUGAUCCUGCAGCUGGACUACCCGUACACGCAGGGCUCCCAGGACACGGCCAUGCUCCAGCUCCUGGAGAUACGGGACCGGGUGAACCGGCUGUCGCCUCCCGGGCAACAGAGGCUGGACCUGUUCGCCUGUCUGCUCCGGCACCGGCUCAAACUGACUCCCAGCGAGGUGGUGCGCAUCCACGCCUCCUUACAGGCCUUCAGCUCACGUCUGCCCAAUUCUAUGGAUUACGAGACCACCAAGCUGUGCAGUUAACAGCUGCUGGGGGGGAUAUCUGGACUGUCACCAGCUCCAUGACACCUGCGGGACGUGAUCCUGGCUUAAAGUCGUUCUCCGUCUCCGUGGAUUACCGAACUGCUUGGUAAACCAGGAGGGGGGGGGGACCGGCUGUGGACAGCUGACGAAUGUACUUAUCUGGUUGUUUUGGUUUAUUGUUUUGUGGGCAUCUAACUUCAGUGCUAUAUUAUAUUAAAAUGAGGUGGAUCGGCCAGGACGAUGCACAUCUGUUUCUCCGGAACAAACUGGAAACCAGUUCAACAGUAGAAUUUCAGAUACCACUGCAUAACGUUGAACCAUCCUGUUUCGAUAUGACUCUGCUCAUUUAUACUGUAAGUACCGAAUGCCAAACAGAAAUCAACGGACAUUUUAUGGUUUAAACAAAAAAAAACAGAUAAUAUAUGGUACAGUAUGUUUGUUUGUAAUUUUUAUAUGUUUCUUUGCUUCGGUGACAGUGCACUUUCCAUGAAGACCAGAACAAAGUGGUGUCAGU